AAUCUUUACUAUGCCCACCCGCUGAAGAAGGAAAAAAUCACACGUUGAUUUUCAAGUGGAUUUUUGAUGAGAAAAACACUGAUAUAAAAAUAAGUGUUGAAAGAAAGGAAUAUGCAAUAGCAAUGUGUUUUUAUCCGAAUACAUGCACGGAUUAUUAUGAUGAUGAAUUUAAAACAAAAUAUAUGUUUGAUCGCUACAGAAACAGAAGUACUAUAGAAGUACAGAUUUUCAAAACUUCACGAGAUGAGGAAAGCUUUUGGUAUAUUGUGCAAAAUACUGUUGUUUUCAAGUGUGCAGUUAAGAUCUAUUGUAAGUAUAUAUAAUUAAUGUCUAAGAGAGGAGAUUUAACAAGACAUAUAUUUCCGUUAUGUAAAUGAAAGUGAAUGACCAGCAAAUUCGAGAAACUUUAAAGGUGGAAGUGUUGACUGGGGGUUUGGGACUGUAUUGGGUUAGGAGGCAAUUUGUUUUGUAUAAAAAAUGUGAUGAGUACGUUUAGUAAGAGUAAGGAAAUGAUGUUUGGCGGAUCGAGUUAUUGAAUCUAGUGGGCAAGAAAUUAUGGAGAAAUGUGCUGGUGUUAAACAGCCUUGAAUAAGAGUGUUAAGGAGAACAACCAGACUUGUAGCUGGGCUCAAAAUUGGAAUUCAGCAUGUAACUCUACUUUUGGCCCGGAGUGGUAUAAAUAUUUUAAUGUCGUUAGAUAGCAAGCUUCUUUCACAUCUAUAUAGCUCAAUAAACAGAAAAAUAAAUAAUAAGCAAAUGAAAAACGUUGACCUAUGCUUAUAUCAUUAUUGGAUGAUAUUUCGUAACGUUAUAUUGUUUUUGACAAUUUAAUAUGCAUUAUUAUUUGGCUCAUGUGUCGAAAAAUACGUAACAAAGGCCUGAAACAAGUAUAUAAAUAAAAACAAUACGUAAGUUAGUUAUUUUAACAAAAUUCAAUUUAAUUAUACUAUUAAAUGUAAUAUAAAAAAAAAAAAAAAUUAAAGAUACAGAAUUUUAAAAAUAUAUAUUAGCAGCAGAGCAAUUUAGUCGAAAGAUAAAGAUACUAUUAUGAACACUCAUAGAGUGCAAUUUUUUAAGUCAACUUUACAUAUAUGAGGGAUCAUAAAGGUUAGGAAAUCUAGCACAAAUCUCUUCCGGCUACUGGCUUAUUUAUAGGAAAUGAGCUGGAUUGCUACAGAAACGAAAUUGUAAAACAUUCAUCCCCGAUAGCAUACUUUAGACAAAAUUAGAAGUUAUACAUCCUUUUCCCAUUUGUGACGUCAAUAACAAAAAAAAAUUGGGAUAGAAGUGAUGGAUGAUUGAACGCUACUUUGACAUAGGUGCUAUUAAAGAAAAUAACAAGUAGUUAGAUUAAAAACUUACAUGUAUACUAAAUUUUAUUUUUAAGUUGAAUAUUGUAUAUCAGUUUGAAAGAACCAAAUCUGAAACAAAAGCAUUAAACGAAAUGUUAAUCAUCAGAUAAACAUUUCAUCCUGAACGACAACAGUCAACGGAAGGGGAAAUCGAUGGGAUGAAAUUUAAAUCGAUGGGGUGAAAAUUAUUAUCAAAAAUCGACUGUAAACAAAUAUCAAUGGUCAAUUGACCAUCAAAGCUGGGAGUUGAAACAUCAUGGCAGAAUUUUCACUGAGGAAGACAAAUGCAUAAAACAAUUGAGGCAGGAGUGCAGACGGAAACCAAAUCCAUGUGAUUUAACACCGUCUUUAUUAAUAGUAGUAUCAGACUGGGCCUCUAUAACUUCCAAGUGAUGUAUUUAAGGUGAGCAGUUGGUAAAACUAAAAGGGACCACAAAAAGAACUAGAAAUUAAUUGGUGUCAUACCAUUCAACUGGUAUAUGGAUUAGUAAUUUAAAACCUGUUUAGCAAUCUGCCUAGAUUGUCUAUAAACCAAGUUGCUCACCUAUUCUACAAUAUCUAGCAGUCCGUAUUCAGGAACAUAGGGAGACUACGAUGAAUGACUACAAAAGGGAGAGGUCCAUACCGCUUUUAUAAAAAAGGGGGCCAUUAAUGUGACUAACAACUCAUCUGUGACUUUCGACUCUUUGAAAGUUACAUGAAUAUUUUUUACAAGACUUUUCCAAUCAACUGUACCUAGAAAAAAGUUAAAAUAUUUUUACAGCCCUUUUUGGCAAUAAAAGGCAUUACUUUAAGUGUUUCUUUCAGGCUUCUUUCACGGAGUGUGGCACUGCCUCCCAGUAAGCCAGAUGUCCCCCCCCCACCCCGGAGCAAAACGUGUGCAACAAUACAACGAAAAUAUAUUUUUAUUAAAAUGACUAAAUUUUGAUUUUGAAAAUUGCAACUGUUGCCUUCAACCUCAUCAUGUUAGAGUCUUACAGUAUUCGGUUAUUAAUAUCUUACUGGCUGAUCUAAUCUUAACUCUGGUUGUUCGCAUUCAUCGGUAUUUUUCUUGAUUAUCUUUUUUUUUAUUACUACAAAUUUAAAAUCUUUAAUGACACUGUAUUAAUAUAUACAUUCACAUCUAAAAUAUCUACAAUUUGAAUAAUAGUUCUUGCUAAUUAACAAGUUUUCAAAAUAUAUUUCAUUUUAAAAGCAUGACUUUUAAAGUAGGGUUAUGUGUUAAUUAUAAAUUGUAUGAUGGCAAUAUGUUUUAAAUAAUAUUGAUCUUGUCGUAAUUUUAAUUGUACUUGAUUCCAUUUGUUUUGAAUUAGAAAAUGAAUCCUUUUAAGCAUUUGAUUUUUAAAAAAAAAUAGAUUAUAUACAAAUAAUGCGAGUUUCAUUACUUAUUAUUAAUUCGAAAAACGAUUGUUUUUUUUUUUUUUUUUUUUUUUUUUUUUUUUUUUUUUUUUUAAUAUUUUAUUUUUUUUUUUUUUAUUUUUAUUUUUUUUUUUUUUUUUUUUUUUUUUUUUGUUUUUUUUUUUUACAAAAACUUAGUCUAUAUUUAUUAAAUGCCAACUGCUUUUGUCUGUUUAAUGUAAGAAUAUGAAACAAAUAUAUAUUUUGAACAAAAGCUUAUUAUAAGUAAUGUGUUGUGGUAUUUUUUCUUUCCAUUUGCAUUCAAAAUGUAUAAUGAUUUUUUUCAGUGAUGUUAAUUAAGUGAAUGAAAUUUGUUUCCUAAUUUUUUUUUUUUUAAAUUUAUUUCUUAAUUAAGUAGUUACCCACAAAUUAAUAUUUGCAUAAUACAAGCAGGUCAAGCUCAGAUUUUCAAUGCUUUCUGCUACUUUCGGUUUCAUCCCCUCCCCGCCUUGCAGUGAAAGAUUACAAUAAGGAAAAUAUUCUUACCCCAUCUGUAAGUCCCUAAAAUGGAGAACACCCUGCCGUGACUGGGUUUGCUUGGUUCAAACGAUGGUUCUAAGGUUAGGUGAUACCAACAUUUGUUUAACUAGGAUCUCUUACGUUGUUCUCGAAUUAUGUGUAGAAUGUUGCAAAAUUAAAUGAAAAUAUGUGCUGAAAUGCAUUCUUGUAUUUUGAAUUUUUGAGGACUUUAACGAUUUAAAGGGAAAGAAUAACCUAAGGCAAAAUCACAUCCUCAAAGGCGACAUUAUUGAUACCGAUCAAGAUUCAUCGGCGCCCUCGAUUUUCACCCUACUUUCCGAUGAAAACGAUCACAUAUUUAGUUGUAGAUUGAAUGAUAGUAACUGCCUAUUACAUAGUUAGUAUUAUGGGCGGCUAAAGAUUUUACCGCUCUCCGUUUUUACUCUGAAGUUCUCCGAAAAUGCCACAACUUCAUAUAAAGACAAAGUAACACCUUUAGAUACCAUCAUAACCUAUUUGACCGCCUUCACUAGCCUGACGCUCCUUAGUUACGACUCUAGCUACUGCCCACUGGCAACUAGCACUCCCUACCCCCUAAAAUCUGAAAUACCUCUCAAGGCAAGUAUCUUAGAGAACACUGAUUCCUCUGCUACAAAUAUAACGCAUUUUAAUUUAUUAGCCCGAAACUGUGAUCUUUCAAAGCUAUGAUUAAUUAGUUUCAACGUAUUUUAAAUAAGAUAAAAUAUAUUUCUCUGCAAUUAAACUAAUAUUAUGUCUUAAAAUAUUCACUCUAUUCAAGCAAGAGCUCCUACAGUGUCGUGCAAUCAAUUUGUAUCAGAUGAUGGACUCUACAUUUCAUGUUCGGCCUCACAAAUUUAUCCGAUGGCAAAAUGCGUUAUAGAAAUAGUUUCUUUAAAGGUACGUAUAAAUUCUAUAGAUUCCUAUAGUUUUACAUCUAUUUAUAAAAUAUAUGACAGUUUAAAAAUUAACUUUUUAAUCAACAGAGUGCCAAGAUAUUUAUAAAUACAACGAUGAUGUGUGAAAAUAACAGACUAGUUGGUAGGCCAACGUAUUAUG